UCGCUGACGUUUUAGUGCUGUCUUGCAUUUGAACCUUUUUAUUAAGAGGUUAUAUAUUUGUUUUUGAAGGUGUGAUUCUUCUAUGCUCAUUUUUUUCGUAGAGAUUAGAUACUGGCUAUUUUAUAAUAGAUUUCACAUAAAUAAUGGCAGAAGAGCAAAAAGUAAUUCUCGUCACGGGUGGUACUGGUUUGGUAGGAAAGGCCAUUCAAACGGUGAUCGAAAAUGAUAAACGCUCGGAUGAAAAAUGGAUUUUCGUGGGAUCAAAAGAUGCAGAUUUAAGCUCGAAAUCAGACACAGAAAAAUUAUUCAAAGAGCAUAGGCCAACCCAUGUUAUACAUCUUGCAGCAAUGGUUGGAGGCCUGUUUCACAAUAUGGCCAACAAUUUGAACUUUUUUAGAAUCAACAUGCAAAUAAAUGAUAAUGUACUUCAUACAGCACAUCUAAAUAAUGUUGUUAAAGUCAUCUCAUGUCUUUCAACGUGUAUAUUUCCAGAUAAAAUAACAUAUCCAAUUGAUGAAUCAAUGAUUCAUUUAGGAUUUCCUCAUACGUCUAAUUAUGGGUAUUCUUUUGCCAAGAGAAUGAUUGACGUGCAAAAUAGAGCAUAUUUUGAUCAACAUGGCAGAAUUUAUACUAGUAUCAUUCCAUGCAAUGUAUUUGGACCACAUGAUAAUUUCAAACCAACUCACAGUCAUGUUAUUCCUGGAUUGAUGAGAAGAUUAUAUGAUAUUAUUAAGACUGGUAACACAGAAGAUAAAGUUUUCACUGUGCUUGGAUCCGGAAAACCUUUACGACAAUUUAUAUACAGUUUAGAUUUGGCUAAACUUAUAGUAUGGGUGUUAAGAGGCUAUGAGUCUGUUGAACCAAUUAUAUUGUCAGUCGAUGAAUCAAGUGAAGUAACAAUAGCUGAAGUUGCAGAAGAGCUAGUUAAAGCUUUUGACUUCAAAGGCAGAAUAGAAUUUGACAGCUCAGCUGCAGAUGGUCAAUACAAAAAAACUGCUAGUAAUACUAAGCUUAGAAAACUAUUGCCAGAAUUUCAGUUCACACCUUUUCAUCAAGCUAUUAAAGAAACGGUUGAAUGGUAUAAAUCAAACUAUGAAAAUGCCAGAAACUAGAGUAUUGUAAAUAUGUAUACUAUUUGUAAUUAAGCUAUGAUGGCACUUUUCAAGUGUAAAGUUUAUUUUAAAAA